UCUUAUUAUUCUUAUUUAUCCAUUUAUUUAUUGAUUCAUUUAUUUAUUUUAUUUAUUCGUUCAUUCAUUCAUUUAUUUAUUUAUUUAAUGAUUCAUUUGUUUGCCCCACUCGUUUUAUUCAUUAAAAUCAGUAGAGAUAAAAAAAUCAUCUUGCAAUAAAUCAGAUCAGUGUGUUUUCUUGUCAAUUUGAUGCCUUUAUAAACAGAAAUCAGUAAAACUGAGACUUGCAGUGUUUUGUCUGUAGCGGUAUAUAAAUAUUUUGUCAUAAUUAAAUAAAAAAAAAAAACAGAUCACCCUCAUAAAAUAAAAUAAAAAAGCAAAUAAAAAAGUCAUUUUUAGCAUUUUCCCCUACUCAUUUUAAUUAUUAAAUCAUUGCAGAUCCCAAAAUCUUCAUGCAAUAAAUCAGAGCUGUGUCUGCCAGGCAACCUGAUGCCUAUAAACAUCAAAGAGCUGAUUUGCAUGUGAAUGACACCACCCCCUGCUGCUGAUCAAUCAACUCCUUUAUCUCCACCAAUCAGCUUGCAGAUGUGGAUUUCUGGCCAUGUGAAGCUGAUCAGCUGGCAUUUAUAAGCCUAAGAUGAUGGUCUUGUGCAAGAAAAGCUGUUUUUGAGCUCUAUGGGACUCUGGAGUCGACCCAAACCAUCGCAUCAUGCCGCAGUGCCAUCACAGAUGUGGAAAAUCUUUAAACAGGCCAGCAAACAGACCGUUAAUGACCCAUGUGUGGUGUCUGAAUAUGGGGUACGAGGAAACAUCGUGAGGUUUAUGCAGGAUCAAGGUAGUCUGAUAUCAGCGCCGGCCGUCCACAGCUUUAACUGUGUGCGAAAGCAUCUGUUUUUCAACAUGUCUGUGCUGGAGGAGGUUGAGCAACUCUCGUUGGCGCAGCUGGAAAUGAAGUUCAAACAGGAUCUGCUUCUCCUGGGCCCGCAUGUGUUCAGCGUCGACCUGUACAGAGUGUUAAAAACCACACUGAAGGGAGUAACGCAUGAAUCCAGCCGAAAACUCCUCCAAUCUCAAACGCUCAGUCCUGGAGCUCACGCUUCAGUGCUGGUCAACCUGACCAAUCUGGCCCAAUCCUGGAGGAAACCGGAGAAAAACUUUGGCAUGCAGUUAGAAUUGCAGGUCAUGCAUUUAAACAACAUGCUUCAUGAUCACGCGUAUGUUCAAAUCCCAGAUAUACAUGCCACUCUAGUAGUAGUUUCAUUAAACCCACUUCAGUGCAGGUCCAGAAGGAAGAGAAGUGCUUCAUAUUACCUCCCCGUUACUCCCAGUAACGUCUGCAAACCCAGAAGGCUCUAUAUUGAUUUCAAAGAUGUAGGCUGGCAGGAUUGGAUCAUUGCACCUCAGGGAUAUUUAGCUAAUUAUUGUCAUGGAGAGUGUCCUUUUCCUCUGAGCGAGAGUUUGAAUGGGACUAACCAUGCUAUCCUGCAGACGCUGGUCCAUUCGUUUGAUCCUAAAGGAACACCUCAGCCCUGUUGCGUUCCCAUCAAACUGUCCCCCAUCUCCAUGCUCUACUAUGACAAUAAUGAUAAUGUGGUGCUCAGACAUUAUGAAGACAUGGUGGUGGAUGAGUGUGGAUGCAGAUGAACAUGACUUAAUUUUUAAAUGCACAAUUUGUUUAUUACAAUUUUUCUUUUUUUAGGUGUGGAUUAAUGCAAAAUUAGGCUUCUUUUUAGAUGCAGAGAAUGUGCAUGUAGAUGCUGUUAAAGUAACUUUUUAUAAUUCAUUGUAAUGUAAUAAUAAAAACUUUUACUAUGGGAUUCCUUUUUUUUCAUUUACAAAGUAUAUACAUAAAACUGAUGCAUGUUUGAAGGUUUUAUGAAGACAAAUGAAGGUCACUUUAUUUUGACGGUCCGUUUGUUAAACUUGGUUACAUUGUAACACUCGUCUUUAAAUCAACGGGAUACACAAGAAAAAAAUAAAAGAUCUGGUUCAA